GGAUGAAGAGCAGGGCGAGGAUGAAGGGCAGGGCGAGGAGGAGCAGGUUGAGGAGCAGGAUGAGGAUGAAGAGCAGGGCGAGGAUGAAGGGCAGGGCGAGGAGGAGCAGGAUGAGGAGCAGGGCGAGGAUGAAGAGCAGGGCGAGGAUGAAGAGCAGGGCGAGGAUGAAGAGCAGGGCGAGGAUGAAGGGCAGGACGAGGACGAAGUGCAGGAUGAGGAUGAGGAGGAGCAGUACUUUCCCCGGUCCUGGGGCCCAGUCGAUUCCGUGUCCUCUCGGGAACUAAACCUGACGUGCAGCGACGAUGCCUUUACAUUUUCCAUGCACUCUAGCCCCAUUACUGAGCUGAAAGUAGUGGGUGCAGCGACCAUACUAGUAAAGGCUCCCAAGUCGUGUGGCUACUCUGUGAGCCCUUAUGGGAACACCGUAAGGGUGCCAUACACUGGCUGUCAUGUCGACGCUCUGAAGGGGCAGUACAUCCUGAAGGUGUCCUACAUCACUGAGCAUGGGCGCUUGAUGGACGCCACCUUGUCUUGCGCCGACGGCACUAAUGUCACAGAUAUGCUGAACCCUAGGGCCGACGAGGCGCCGUCAACCACAAACUUUGCAGAUUCCACCACGGCCAUGGCACAAAAUCAGCUGGACCCUAGGGGCAGUAUCCCCCCGCCCACCUGUCGCCGCAAGGCACAAAACUGUGACGUUGCUGUUGAAGAGCAGAUACAGUGUGGACAUAACGGAAUAAGCAAAGAAGAUUGUGAUCGAAAUGGUUGCUGUUCCGGCGAUGCCACGUAUAAAUGCCAUUACCCACUAGAUGAAUGCACUGUGGAUAAUUUCUUUGUGUUUGCCAUCCGCAAAGACUCUGCAUCGAUCCCUAUUGACCCAAGAAGACUCAUUAUUCCCAACUAUCCCCAUUGCGUUCCCAUUAUCGUCAAGUCCCACUUUGCAAUCUACAAGAUCCCUCUGGCUGACUGUGGCGUUCGUUCUUAUAUGAUUGGGCACACCAGCAUUUUCAUGGUUGAGGUGCACACAGUAGUUGAGGCUCUCGAUCUCAAGUAUGGUGUGAUAGCGAGGGAGGAUGCUUUCAGAUUCAUGAUCGAGUGUCGCUACCCCCAGACGGGCUCCUGCGGCCUGUCGUGGGCCAGUGUGGGCUACAAGGUGAGGGUCCCAAUGCUGCAAUUACCCGUCAUCCUCAGCUCCCAUGGACGUUACAGCGUGCAGCUGAGACUCGCUCGAGAUGCAAGCUUUGACUCUUACUACAGCAAGGACUCCUUGCCGUUGAGUUCCAUUCUCGGUUCGCCGGUCUUCCUGGAGGUCAACCUCUUGGAGGAUGUCGCGGUGUUGGGAUGGGGAUAUAAACCGAUACUGAAACCAAGGAUGGCUGUGCUCGUGGUCAACUACUGCUUGGCCUUCCCUAGGAACGCCAAUAAAGUGCUAGUGCUGGUUUACGAGGGCUGUGCAAACCCAAAUGACCCUGGUAUCUCCAUCUUGUCUACGAGAGGCCACGGCAGCAGUAAGCAGAAGCGCUUCUUGGUCAAAGCGUUCCAGUUCAUGAAUGUGCAAACCAACACGUACCUCCAAGAAGAGAUCUUCUUCAUGUGCUCGACAGAAGUCUGUCUAAAUAAGCGUAGGUGUGACAGAGGUUGCUUUGCGGGAUCAUAAUGGAUUUGUGCUGUACCCAAUGGGGAAUAAAAUAAAGUUUCUGACGAUUUCUUAA